AUGUCUACAGAUCAAACGUUGAGGGUUUUUAUAAAGGAGAAGAACAUAGAGACACCGUAUUUUGAGAUGAAAGAAGAGCUAGAGGAAGAGAGCAUCAAACAGGAGGAAGAGCAGCUGCCAGUAUCUGCCCCAGAGUUUUUUUCUGUGUGUGUGAAGACAGAAGAGGCAUCACCGUUUCAACCUGAAUUCAAACAGGAAACUCAGGACAUCAGCACAGAGCCACAUUUACACCCAGAGACUGAGGGAGACACGGAACACUCUUCUGAAUAUGAGGAAGGCCGGAGAACUCCUUCCAGCUGUUCAGAUGAUGAAGACUUCUUCAAUCACGUCCUCAACAUCAGAGCCAAACGGGCCACUGAACAAAACUCAAAUCUAUCUAAGAUCAAUUCAUGA